UGCUUUGUGGCUAUCUUCUGCCCAUUCAUCAUCUCAAAAAGACCGGAAGCGAACGGAUCACCACUCGUCCACAUGGGAAACCACAGCAACGCAACGUGCCAAGAACCAAACGGACAUGAAUUAGCCUCAAUGUUAGCCUCAGCGAUGGCCGAAGACCCUACUGUGGUCGAAAGCACACGAGCCCUGUUUCAGACACCCCUCGGCACGUCUUCGGCCGAAACGAUCCUUCGAAAUUACGAGUUCAACCUAACGACGCAUCUACACGAUGUAUCGGAAUGUCCUCGAUAUUUUCUCAACGCUUUAGAUUACGCCAUAGAGAGUAGAUCGUUAUGUCCAUGGCGUUAUGUUCUUCAAAGCGACACUGAAAGGUAUCCAAGGGACAUUCUCGUUGUGCAGUGUGAGUGCAAGGAGUGCGUAAUCCCAGAAUUAGGAACGUUUUCAUCUUACAAAGCUCGAUGCCACCCUGUAAUUAAAGGCCAACAAGUCUUAAGACGCACCGGACAGUGUAUUGAUGGUGUUGAAAGGUACGAGCGACAGUUCGAGCCGAUCCCUGUAGCAUGUGUGUGUGAAAAAUCCAGAAUAUUUCUUGGUACGCACAAUGUGUAUACAUCUUAAGAGGUGGAAGAUUUUGUAGGCUCACUAUAGAGUACUUAAAUGUGACGUCAUCAAAUUUCCAUUUGGGAUUUCAGCAUUUUCGAUACCAUAUUUCGGUGGAGCAUGAUGAAGAAAGUCGGGGGCCGUUUCAUAAUGCAGUUCGUAAGUUAAGUGUGACUUUAAGAACGACUGGUGAUAUUUUCUUGUGGUAAAUGAUGUUCACCAUUUAAUGCUCAUUGGUGAUUAUUUAGCGCGUAAGAAAUGUUCACCAAAUACGUUUUUAACUUGAGUGCAACCGCACUUGAUUACAGUUCAUAUUUUCAGCUUUGAUUUAUGUUAUUUUAUACAUUUCAUGAUGUUCAUGUUCUGUUAUU